CAUACAUAGCUCGACAUGUUCAUUAGUAGUAAAGAAAAUACAUGUUGCACAAAACAGAUGACGGGACUCUCUAAUUUGUAGUGAGUCACUUAAUCACGUAAUCACUUGAUAAAUAAUCAAUAGUGAAAGUGAUCGCUGACGAAAUGCACGUACAAACAUACGAGUCUGCAAAAAAUUCUUCUAACAAACGUUCGUGGUGAAGAACUGUGUUCCCAGUGCCAAAUUUUAUUUCAUCCAAAUAAUAACUUUAUCAGUUCUGGGCUUAUCUACACAUUCUCAAAAAUUUUUUUACAAAAUUAUGACCGGCGGAGAUACUAUACAACUCUACCGCGUGGUAACACUAUAGUAACAAAUUGUCUUCUGAGGGUAGGAAAUUGCCUCCGGUAUCGGUAAUAUUUUUAUUACCUGAGCGUUGACAUUGGGGGCUGAGCAGGAUUUAGCCUCUGUAUAUAUGCUACCCUUCGGUGAAAAAUUAUUACCCGAGCGGUGGAAUUGCAUAGUACCUCCGCCGGUAACAAUAUCGUCAAAAAAUUAUUGAGAGUGCACUCUUAGACAUAAAGUAUUAAUAAUAUCCAGAGGUGUUCCGAUCUGUAUAAACAUAACUCUGCCAAAUUGGGAUUUAAUGAGUAAUACUGUAAAAUAAUACACAUUUAGCGUCCCCACAUCGGCAUCAAAUUUUUACGCGUUGGUAUUAUCUCAGUACCACGUGGGAGGUAAUUUAAUACCGAGAAAUCCAUUAGAUUUUUAACUGUGUAAUUUACUCCGACAAAAUAUGGCACACGGUUUCGUGGAUUCGCAAAAUUUCGAUGGAAUAUAUUCCAUCCAAUUUUCCAGGGACAAUUUGAUCCGAGUAAAUGGAGUGCCUACGGUGCCAAAGAGGUUAAUAGAUUGUGUCAGGAAAGCGAUUACUUCCGGCUGGGUGAAGGGUCUCUUUAACGAGUCUGUGGAGCAUGGUGCACACGAAUUUUGCUUAGUUGGUGCACCGUGGUUUGGAAAGCAAAGUAACGGGGUUGCUGGACGCAGACUCCUCGCGUCAAUCUUACUCGAGCUUGCGAGACAAGGUUGGCAGUUUUUGCAAAGUUUUGACCCCACUCGGAAGGAUAACGAUAAAGACACCAUGUUCUUCGAGUUCGCCAAGCCCGACCAAGAGGCAGAGAUUUUUGUCGUGAGUUUUAACAGGACUUCGAGAAUCAGGUUGAUUGAGCCGCCAAACUCGCAAGUUGUGGACGCGUUUAAAACCGUCGUGACGAAUGGGUGGGGCCGUGGGAUAUUUGGUCAUCGAACGUACUACGGCGCUGAUGAGAUCACGUUGGUCGGAACUCCUUGGCUAACGAGCAACAAGAGUGAAAGCAUUGCGGCCAAACAACUCGUGGCUUAUCUGAUCUACGGCAUGAAACGGAUCGGGUACAAGAUUUAUGCCUCGGUGGAUAUUACGGGAAGGAUGGCGGGCAACCAUACUCGAGACACGGGUAAUUUGGACGUCCUCGUUUUUAGAAAGAUUUCAGAAACUUGGGGAAAUUGAAAUGCGUACGUGUUUUCCUAAAGGAAGGACGGGUAAAUGGAUGUGUAGCUACAUAAAUUUGCAAAUGCACCCUUAAAAAUGAUGAGACCCUUUUGAAAAGUGAAUAAAGUCUGGAUUCUAUAUUAACUAAAUUAUACUUACUCCAGAGUAAUUAUGUAUGUAACUUGAUAAAGGGUAAAGCUUACCAUGGAUUUAGUGAAGUUUGCUCAAUUCAGAAUUUAGAGUGAAUUUAAGUUUCAAAAGGGUAACAUACUUUUUAAGAGUGUGCUUUAAUUUUCUAUGGGAGGUUUAGAUAUAAUUGUAGUUCUUUUAAGUUUGGUUCGGACAAUAUUGUUUGAGGACAUUUUAAGUAUUUCAUUGUAUUGAUAAUUGCGAGCUAUCUGCGGAUUACAGUUGAGUAGAUCACAAGAUGGAGAAAAUUGUGUAGUUUCAACAAAAAGAAAGGAGUACAAUUUGCAAUAUUUUUUGAAUCUUUGAAGUUUCAAACAUUGAAAUAGUAAUCCUGGAUGAAUAUGUUAAAAGUUAUAAGGUAAUUUAAGUCACUAUUUAUGUAUUUUUGUUGUUAAAGCUAAAUACGUACGUAUUUAUUUUUUACCCAAUUUUGCAACUUAUUUACAUAAUAUCACUUUGUUAUAUAAAAUUUUUAACUAUGUAUGCAUACAUACGCAGUGCCUAAACUAGGCCACCCACGAGGGUGGGCAAACUUAUUGAUGCGCCCCAAGCCCCUCGCGCCUUCGGCGCUCGCGAAUUUUUCUAUGCGCCAAAAUGGCCAUUUUAAAAUUCGUUGCAAAGACAUGGCUUAUUAUCUUAAGCACAAUUAAACCAUUUCCAAUGUAAGUUUGUCCAUAUUUAUGUCCGCCGCACUGGCUCAAUUUUUUCAAGUACUCCGAUGGAAAUCGCAUCAAAAUCUCCGAUCGCACUCAAACAUUUUGUUCUCAAACAUUCUUUAUGGGAUAAAAAAUAUUGCUCAAUACCUAUUUUUCGAAAUUUCAAUUUUUGGCGAAAUUAUGGCAAAUUUUCAAAUUCAUUAUUUUAAUUUUUUCUCUCAAAUUACUAAAAACCAUUCAUCAAAACAAUAUACUUUCCUAUAUCAUUGUAUUUCUAUUUUCAGUAAGAUCUAAUUUAUGCAUUAAAAUUUCCCAACUUUUUGAAAUUUGAAAAACGAUAGUGCUAAAUUCUGCUAAGUUGAUGGUCAAUUUGCGACCAAGAUAUAAAGAUAUAGACUAAAAUAUAAAAAAAUUGACGUUGGGAAAUGAAAACGUUUUUUGAAAUUCAAAUUUUAAAAAAUCAUAAAACUUGUAAUAGGCGUUUACGCGGCGCAUGUACAAAAAAAUGUAAUGGCUCAAAUGGCAGAAAAUUAAGUGUCGUAAUCCAGUUAAUUGAACAUUUAAAAAAUAAUGAUUUUGAUGAAACUUCAAAUGCAUGCGCAAAAUAAUAUUUAUUUGUUUUUAAAAUUAUUACAAUUGUAAUCCCAACAAUGGGUUUGCAGGCGUACGGAAUUACGCAACUGGGGUAGGUGAGCUGUCUCAACUAUCCCAUGGCUUUGAAUUUUGCAGAGUACUUGAAAAAAUGGAGCCUACUCUCUUGGUAAUUUCAUGGACCAGUUUUGUUAAGAGUAAGAAUUAUAGGAUUCGACAAAGGAAUCCGGCAAGUAUUUCAAAAGUGAAAUUAAACUAGAUCAUUAUGUUCGCCUUGAAGAAAGAAAAAGAUUUGUAAAAUAUUUUCGGCGCCAAAAUUUUCCUUGGUGGAUUAUGAGAAUAAUGGGAAUUUAAUAUGUUGGAUUUUGGCGCAGGAUAUCUAUCGAACGGCUUGAUGAAAUUACAAAUUUACAAAACAAAUGCAUGAAAAGCUUCUAAUGCAUUUGAGGUUGACUAAAUAAAAAUCGGAACGUUUAUAAAGUUUUUCUAAAAUUUCAGACUUUAACUUUAUUCUAAAGUGCAUAUGGAAAAUGGAAAAAUCGAAUAAUAAUAUUUAUUAUGAACAACGAAGUACUUUAUCCUGGUGAAAGAAAAUAUUUAGAAGAAAGUAUUAAUGAUCGUCGGAUGUACUUAGUAUCAAAUUAUGAUACAUUAAAUAUUGCCAUUCCCAUUUUUUAAAUUCAUUAAUUUUUUGAAAUCAUACUCAUAAUUGUUAUGCUGCAUCAUUUAUAUUUAAAGUUUUAAUAGCCAUGUGCUUACUUUCUGCUAUCACCCAAAUUAUCAAUUAUAUCUAGUGCCUAGCGGGGCGCCUACCGGCGCCCCUUCUCAUUCUGGCGCCCCGGGCAAUUGCCCUGCUUGCCCACCCCCAGUUUAGGGCCUGUACAUACGUACAUAUUUAUUUGAAAAUGCCAAAAUUACGGAAGUUAAUAUUAUAAUAAAAUUACAAUUAUGAAUAUUCAAAACUCAUACAUAUCUAAUAGUAUAAAAUUGUGUUGCAAGAAAUUCCUUAAUUUAAGACAUAAACGAUAUGUAAAUAUGUAUUUCUAAUACUGCAUGAUAAUUCAUCAUUUUAUGGAUAAUAAUAAUUAUAUAAACCUUCUGCGGGAAUCUCACCAUUCUGCAAUUUUGUAGUAAAAACUGAGUAUUAAGGGGGGUCGAUUUCAACUUUAAACAAAACUCUUGCCGUACUUUGCAACAUAUCAAAAAUUGGAGAAAACCAAUUAUAAUUUUGCGAUAAUUUUGCUGAAUGCUGAUAGUUUGUCCGUUAAAAAUUUGCUGAAAUAAAUUCACAUUCAAUUGAA